AGUCUUUAGCAAUUGUGGAGGCGCAGACAAGUGUGAAUGGUGAGAAGGGCUCUCCAUCUCCCACCACAGUCUCCCAUUCUCCUACAAGGGUGUUUGUCAGCCACUUAAGGAGUAGCCCACUAGGCGAGGACCUUGUAGAUUCAACACUUGCGGAUGUUAUCUCUGUCCUGAAAAUGGAGGGAAUUUUUUCCUCCUCUCCGACUUUGGACGAGGAGCUGCUUGAUCUCUCCUCCAGUUGUUCUUCAUCAUCCAGCGAAACACUGCAAUGUGUGUCUGUUGGCCCUCUUGGCAGUGGGUCGGAGACGUCCUUCAAACUUCUUGGGGGUCGUACUAUGAGUAUCGCCACCCCAACGGCCCAUGUUAUCACAGAGGACUUAGAAGUCUUCAGUGAUGAGAUCAUUGACGAAAUCCUUAUUAUAAUGAGGACCAAAAAAGAUGAUGACAGUGGAAGUGACGUCUCUGGUGCAUCAACACCAUGCAGCACACCAGCACCACAGAGCCGGUCCUCUUCUGCACUGAGGGGAGUGCUUCCCCAUGACAGGAGGAUACUCAGCACAACACUGCUUGGAAUCCAGAACACACUAGACAGUGAGAACCUCUCAGGAGAGUGCUCCAUCUCACCACAGGACAAUGCCAGAGUCCUGGAGAUGAUAAAGUUGCUGCAGAGGCGCCUUGAUGGGACACCCUCAGAGUGCUCCAUCCAUAUCACAGAUGUGGCUGCACGCUUGGGCUUUCCUCUCCCUGUAUCUCUCCAUGCUGUUCAGUCGUGUGUAUUUGCCACUGACAAAGACCUGAAGGCAGAAAGAGUGAAGGGAGUCUUUGAAAGCCUGAGAUCCCAGUUUAUGAGCUACUCCAUCAAGCCUGUGAGUAACAUCAUUACCAGGGCAACAACAAAGAUGGCUGCCUCCAAGCAGGUUAGUUUAGAGACACUCCAGGCAGCAUCAGCAAAAUCAUCUGCUGUGGCUCAGAACCUUAUUAGUUCGGUUUUAUUUCAAGUUGCCAAGGUGUCCUGCUCUGAUGACUUAGAGGGUCUGGGUGAUCAUCUCAGAUGCCCCUCAACUUUGACCAGAGUUCUGACACCUUUGACCUCAGAGAAAGCUGCACUGACACCUGCUGUUCUGAAGAUCAGAAGGGAGAUGUGUAAGGAAGUGGCCACUGAACUCCAGAGUUUCUUGAUCAAGGAAUCCCUUACUGGCACCCAGACACCAUCCAAUGGACAUGCUUGCACUUCUGGUUCUGCCCCAAGGGAAGCUGUGCGGGACAUCCUGAGGAAAACCAAAGAGGAGGCUUCCAACAAAAGCCUGAAUAAUAUUUUCUCUGUUAAUUUGGAUGAGCGGCUCACAGACUCCAUUGCUGAUGCCUUAUAUCCAAAGCUGCAUGACACAUUGGAGUCCAAGAGAGAGAUGCAGGCUUCUUAUUACAGCUCCCAGAUCAGCUGCAGCCUCAGCCCCUUCGAAGUUGAGAGCAGCCUAGAGCUCCAGGAGUUCACUGACCCACUAUCUGAGUCAGUAUUGUGUCUCCUGGAUAGGACAUUUGGAGAUAAAGCUCAGAACUUAAAGACAGGCGGGGGUGUUUUACAAUAUGUCACAGACCCAACCUAUAACAAGCUUUUGAUUGGACCCCACACCAACAAUGUCAAUGUGGUUGUACACACGAUUGCAGUAGAGGAGUUGCCUGUUGAGGGUUGUAUUGCGCAAAGUGAGGCCAUUCAUGGCCUUCACAAGAAGCAAGAGUUACCUUCCAGCACCAGUGACAGAGGGAAUGAGACCCCGAGCCCUACUAAUUGCCUGCUGGAGGGUGUAGUGGGCAAACUGAUACGGAAGAUGCUAUUUCAGGGCCUUGACAUCCCUGAGGUACCCAUGAACGACAGCCGCUCUGAGAGCUUUAAGCCACAGUAUGAACUGGUUGCGAAGCUUUGUCCUCUGAUGGUAAGGACAAUCAUGGCUACAACCAUAGCCAAUCAACAACCUACUAUUCAAGAAGCAGUGAUGUCUUCCGAGAACAUCCAUGUGAAAGAGCUGUGUGAGGCAGGUAUCAAACCUCUCAAAGAGAACCAUGUACCCGAUGACUCUGAGACAAACAUCAUGGUCAAAAGGGCUUUGAGUGAAAUUGAAUCCUGUAUGAUUGAGACCUCCGCCAACGACUCUCCCAGUCUACAUUCCACACCAGAGGUGGUUGUAGACCUGAUCACCAAGCUGCUUCAUGGGUAUGAGCUUGACUCAGAGGACUUUGCAUCACCUGUGUCAUCCCCAACCACCACUCUCUCUGAUGUGGCAAUGGACAUGGUGGUUUCUGUCCUUCGGGACAUGUCCGAUUCCCCAGACGUUACCUCAGCAUUGGAAAUGACCAAGGAUCUCAAGACGCCGUACUCCCGCCCCUCAAGUGCAAGGAUUGUAAGUGCCCUCUGCAGAGAGCUGGAGGAGCACGUAGGCUCUCCUGAUGCUCUGAGGCGAGCUUUGAGGCGCGGCAGUGGGGAGAUUACAACAGCCAUUGCGAGUGCAGUCACCAGGGAAGUCAACCGUCUGGGUUCAAUCGUACCCAAAGUCUCUGUCCGGCCGCUCUCCUCAGACAUCUGCCUAAGGACAGACCAGGACAAGGUCACGGUUAAGAGCCGAUGUGGCUCGGCUGAGGUGAAGGCAUCCCAACCGGUGUAUAUUAUUGUUCACGUAGAGGCGGUGAUGGAUAUCAUUGUCCGGCUGCGCGCUCUGAUUGUUCCUCGGACCCAGGAUAAACUGGCCAGCUGGACCCUAGUUGAGGAUGUGACCAACAAGCUGUCCAGUGCUCUGUGGGUGAGGGUGACUAACAGGUGGAGGGAAGCAAAUGUCUGCCUGAAGGCAACAGACAUCUUUCAGUUGGUGCUGUCUGUGCAUAGAAAGUUGAUGCAACGCUAUGGCACAGAGGAAGCCCUACAGAAGAUACUGUGCCACAAGGCACCCAAGCUGCACAAGGACAUUGUCUGUCUUGUCACGAACGGAAUUAUGGAUGCACCAUCCAAACUUCAAGGCACCAAAAAUCUGGAAUCUACACUCAACUUGAAAGAAUUGACAGCCUUGUUUAAUGAAAUGACAACCCGUCAAUCUUUGAAUAAGAAAGCUGAGCAGAGCAGCAUCAAGACUGAGAUUGAACAGCCGGAGUGGUCCACUGUGGAUCAAGUGACAUCCGGUUCCAGCAGCUUCAUUAGGGAGCUUAUAUUAGAAGAAGUCCUGAUGAAGCUUGUCAAGAAGAUAUGCCGUAUGCCAAAAAGGACCAACAAACAUCAGCGCAUCCAGAUCAGUGAUCUGGUGACUGAGCUGAUCCGAUUGUUCGAUGAUGAGGUGGCCAAAUAUCUGAUUGAGGAAAUGGGAAGCCAGCAAAAAAGUUUUAAUUCUAAGAUGACAUCGAAGCUGGCAGAUGCCAUCUACACUGACCUUGGGAAGGUCAAGCGUUUGAAACGCUCCUUGAAAAUUGACGAUUUAUUUGAGGAUCAGGAGAUGCUUUCCAUUGUCUCUGACAUUGUUUCCCACAAGCUACUGGCCAUCUUGAAACCCUCAGUGCCCAACCCAUAUGACCACGAGACCUCAGACCUUGAAGACUCAUGCAGGGAUGAUGUGGAGGAUGCGGAAUCUGAGGGGGUGCAUUAUGCCACCGGCAGAAAGUCCAAGAUGAGCAUUGUCCUUAAAGACACUACAGACCAGCCAGAGAUGUACAUUGCUGUGGAUUCUCCACCUAUGAUUAAAUUAUCCAAGAUGAGGAAAGGCAUCCGGGGCUUCUUCUGGGGAGUCCAGAAGGCCUGGAAACGCUUGGUCACCUGCAAGUCCUCUGGGUCCUCUGAUGGAUAGCCUGGAUGACGUGCAGCCCAUGUCAGUUGCUUUUGCCAGGCUACAUCUGAGGAGAACACCACAACUGGCCUCAAUACAACAUUUUUAUUUUUGUUGUUCAUUUCUGUUUUCAUUUUGAGUCCCCUAAUGCUGCUCUAUUUGAACCAGGCUGUCAGUGGACUAGCUUACCAUUAGUUUAUACUCCUUAAGGAAGAUCCACUAUAGGCUACUCAACACCAAAAUUCCAUCUGGGUCUUUUGAUCCCUUAUUAGCUCCCACUCCUGUAACUAGGAAUGUGAGCUUCUAAAUGUCAUUCAGACAUCUACAGCUUCUCCUGUGAUUAGGAAGAUAAGCUAAGAAGCCCAACCAAUUUAGAUGUGCUGUACAUCUGAUGCCAUCUCCCUAUUGUAAUCAUUGAUCCACGUCCAUUGCAGCCUCUGAAUUUGAUGUAGAUAUUUAGCCUAAAUUAAAGAAUUACAAGGAGGGUAGGCCGACAGCAGCUUCUACUCUUCCGAUUAGGAAAGUGGUGCUAAACUUUUUGGGAUUUGAGGAACUUUAUAUUUUAUUUUUCAAUCACUUACAUACUUUCUAAUGGAUGUUUUAAUAAACCAUUUUUAUUGCA